UCACCUAUCACCUAUCUUCAGAAUAUCACAACUUGGAAACAUCAACAAUUAUUUAAGAAAGUAUCGUGAUACUGGUGUCUGUAACCACUACGGUACCGUCAGUUAUUUUCAUACCAAAUACUUUCUGAAGUUGCCAUAAUGUCGUCUCCCGAAGAUGAAGAGUUAAUCACUAAGAUUUCCAACCUCGCUAGUCGAAUCAAUAGAUUCAAGGCCCAACGCGACGGCCAGCCGCAAUCAGAAUCUUACCGCCCUUCUCGCACCUCUGUCUACCGUGCUUCCCCGUAUCCUUCUCCCUCAACUUACCGUGGUGGACGCGGCGGCCGAGGUGGAUUCCGACCAACCUAUCGCAACAAGACCUUGGUCCUCAAUGGCCAGAAUCAACCCGCUUCCGACUCGGGUGAAGGCACCAAUGACACUUCCGACCCUCCCACGCCUACUACGUCUUUUGUCACCAGAAACGAUCGCCAUUUGCAGCUGAUCAAGACCGAUGUUUACAAGAAGGAAUCGCAGAAUCGUGUGGAUGCGAUGAAACAGACUCUUCGUCAGAAGCUACAUCAGAGGGAUCAGAUGGAGAAGGCUGCUUUCAUGAGCAGCGUGGUUCAAAGUGGUGCUGGUGUUGCCCCAAUUGAUGGCCCUAGCACGCCACAGUCAGCUUCUCCAUUCGAGGUUGUCGUAGAUGGCAUUCGUUUUCGGGUUAUUCAGCAAGGUAGCAAGCUCGUCAAGGAUCGCGACGACGUUAAUCCCCCUUCCGCGACCCCUAAGAUGACUACCAUCGGUGGAGUCAAGUUUUAUCGAACUAAAAACGGCAACCUUAUCCGACAUGGUGUCGUUAAAGCUCAGCGAUUCGCUGGAGGAAUAAUGAAGGUCAACGAACUUUGCAAGACCUUCGCAUGGACCGGAUCAUGUCCCAAAGGUCCCUCAUGCCGCUAUGUCCACGACGCGUCCAAGACGGCUAUAUGCCGAGACUACUUAGUCAAGGGUAAAUGCCUUCAAGGUUCCCAUUGUGAUCUUUCACAUGACAUUACAGAGCAGCGUACCCCCCUCUGCGUGCAUUUCGCCAAGGGUAAUUGCCAUAACGCAUCGUGCUCGUAUGUGCACGCGGAGCACUCUUCGGCAGACCCGGUGUGCCGCUCGUUUGGUACGUACGGAUACUGCGAGCAGGGAGCGCAAUGUCCCGAUCGCCACGUAUUCGAGUGUCCCGAGUUUAGCAACACGGGUACUUGUAAGAACAAGGGUUGUAAGCGUCCCCAUAUCGAAAGGGCGAGUGUCCUACGCAAGAAGAACAAUCAGCUAUCUUCUGGUGACCUAGAGGACUUGUCAAGCGAUGACGAGGACGCUGCUGCCGAUAGCGACGACAUCGACUCCGUCGUGGUCGAGGAGUUCAUCAAGAAAGAAGAUGACGACGAUCUUGAUUUUGCUCAGCAGAAGGACUACAUCGGAUUCUAAGGAGUCCCGCCGCGACUCUUACUAACGCAUCUAGGUCAUCUCAACAUUCGUCUUUUUGACUCGUGUUCAAUAUGCUAAAGGACAGUGUUCUGGUUUUCUACGAUGCGGCUUCUAGUCUUUUUAGGCUAGUAUCUAGACGGCGCACAUAUGCCAUGGCCUUUAGUUUGGCGUUUGAGGAAUGCCCUUUGUACAACGGACUUGAUACCCCUUUCUGCGAUGAUGCGCCUUCGGACGAGGCGUUCGUUAGGGAGUUGAUACCCCUGACGUGGAAGAAAUAGAGAAAAGUGAAAAUAACGAGAGAGGUAGAUAAUUGCUGCAGUCAAUAAAAUGAAUUGCUUUGUAA